CCUUCCCACUCCCUUCCCUUCAAAAGCAAGGAGGAAUGGACAGAGGACCACCGACUCGCUCCGACGGUGGAGACCUUCUUGCCUUCGUUUGCUGAGCACCGAGAUUACGCUUUUCCGGCUAGACCAUCGCCCCGCUCUCUCUUGUGGCAAUGGAGGCGUCUGGAAGUGGACUCCAGGCGGCACCCGAGACGGAGAAGUUCCUGUGCGAGAAGCUGCUCGAUCAGAGCCAGCCGAUCGCGGAGAGGUACAGAGCUCUCUUCGCUCUCCGGAACCUCAGCGGCCCCGCCGUCCGCGAUGCGCUCAUUCAAGCUAUGAGGGACUCAUCAAACCUUUUAGCCCACGAAUCAGCAUUUGCAUUAGGUCAGAUGCAAGAUGUUGAAGCUGUUCCGGCUCUAGAGAGGAUUCUUCAAGAUCUUUCUCUUCAUUCUAUCGUCCGCCAAGCGGCAGCUGAAUCUCUUGGGGUGAUUGGUUUGGAAAGAAGUGUUCCAAUUUUGAAAAGAAGCUUGGAUUCAGACCCUGCAGAGGAAGUUCGUGGAACGUGUGAACUUGCUCUACGACGUAUGGAAGAAAAAGCAAGCAGGGGACAAGUCUCUGAGGCACCUUCAGGAGUUCCAUCUCCAUUUCUCUCAGUUGAUCCUGCUCUACCAGCGAGUGAUGUAUCUUCAAUAGCACAGCUCAGAAAGGUUCUUUUGGAUGAGAAUGAAAGCUUGUACAAGCGCUGCGCUGCUCUGUUUGCUCUUCGAGAUCAUGGAGGGAAAGAAGCUGUUAAUGCUAUUAUUGCUUCUUUGGGUGCUGCAAGUCCUCUUUUACGUCAUGAGGUAGCCUAUGUGCUAGGGCAACUGCAAGAUAAAGCUGCUUCUGCUGCACUUUCAGCAAUACUUAAAGAUAUCAAUGAGCACUUAAUGGUCAGGCACGAAGCUGCUGAAGCUCUUGGCUCCAUUGCAGAUCAAGCAAGUGCUGCCCUUCUUAAGGAAUUCACAAGGGAUGUCGAGCCCAUUGUUUCUCAGAGUUGUGAAGUAGCACUUAGCAUGCUGGAGUUUGAAAGAUGCGGCAAGUCGUUUGAGUUCUUGUACAUGCAGACACCGCAAGUGAUGUAAGAGACCGACGUGGAGUCUAGUGUAGUGUUUGUGUCAUGGUUACUUCCAAGUCUUAUGUAAAUGUCGUAGUAGUGUCACUUGUGUCUCUUCGUUAUAAACUUUAAAACUUCUUGUUGUUGCAACCGUGCUGUAUAAAGAAGUUGGUACACUUUUGGACAUGCAGAAAGCUCAGACGUGAGAGCAAGCAGCCGAUAUGCUUAGUGGCGAGCUUGAUGCUAAUGACGAGAAUUUUGUUCAAUCUAUUAAAGUUUUUUUUACAGU